AUGUCGGCAGGAAAGUUGUGUGGGCUCUUAGCCGUCCUCCUGGUGGCCUGGUGCUGCGGAUGUGCGGGCCAGCCGACGCUUAGCCCCGGCGUACCGGGCGCGUUCGACCUGCACGCGAAGUACGAGCAGACGGGCCGGUGUUCGUACGUGCUGGUGGUCCCGGGGGCCGGGGAGGGAACCUGUUCGGGAGCGCCCGACGGCCAGAUCCGAGAGGACCUUGAGGCUCUAGACGCCAGAUGUAGGAACACCAGUGCCGAGCUGACGGAGGUCAAAGUUCAGCUGUUACGCGAAACAGUUCGCAACAGAGAGUUGGAGAACACAGUACUGGUGCAGGGUCAGAAAUUGGAACAACUGGAGCGGCUGGUGCAGACUCUUGUGGACAACCAACAGUCUGUUGAAGUUGAAGUUGGGAACUGCACGAUAUUUCGCGGCACGGAAUCUGUCGGGCUGGGGGUGGCCGCUCCAGGUACCUACCGCCUGGGACCGAGAAACAGCUGCGUCACGGACGAUAACAGGGAACGAGAGGUCCACGUCAUAGGUGAGCGAACUGUCAUCGACUGGAUCCAUUACGGCUACGGAUACGACCACACAGGUGGUUCCACCGCCCUUUUUCUGAAGAAGGUCAAUGAACUCUACGGCCCAGUGACGUCAUUCACGGGCUACCAGCACUUCAAGUCCGUCAUCUUGCAGGUUGGAGGGGAUCCGCUAGAGGUCGUGGAUGACCCAACUUCGUAGUCAAGGCAUUACAAAUGCCGUAUGGAGGCCAGUACACAUAUCUGGUUAAACAUACCAUUUUUGGAAAGGUUGAAUUUUUGCUUUUGAGUUAUUUGUACCUUCCCGUUACUGUUAUUUGUACGUUCCUCUUACAGUUAUUAGAAAGUUCAUUGCAAAUACUUGCCCGAGGGCUAAUUGCAGUUACAAACAACAUAAGAAAGAAAAUACAAUGGUAUGUGAGACCAUAUCUACGUCUAGCAUUAUACUAUAUUCUACAACAUACAUGGUACUAGUUUUACUGGGUUUGUACGUUCCUGUUACAGUUAUUUGUACGCUCCUGUUUAUUUUGUUGUAGUACGUGGUAGGUUCUGUGUGUCCUGAAAAUUUCAUCCUCUGCGACAUUGGGAAGGCAUCAGGGAUACCUGAAAAGCAGAUCAAUGGAUCUGAGGUAUUUCCUGGUGAAAUAAAUAAACUUGAAACUUGAA